AUGGAUUACAGAAGUAUUUGGAAUGUUAUCAUUUGGUGUCACCUGCUGAACCAUUAUGGAAGUCACGAAUAUAAGUGUUUCAAAAAAGAACUACUGGAAAAUAUGAUUGUUAAUACACGACUUUCUGGUACACCGUUUUCAACGUUUGAUUCUGAAAUUCUGAAAUGUACACAAUAUUGUAAAUUGUACUCAUUGUGUAAAGCUGUCAACUUUGACCGACUAACUAACCAAUGUCAACUUAUGAAUCAAAAACCAACUCCAUCGAACACUGAAUACGAUUCUCAAAAUAUUUUGAUAGAUAUGGAAAAUUGGAGUGAAUUGCUGUUGGGUGCGUGUAAACAUCAUAGUUGUCCGAAUAACAGCAUAUGUCGUGAAUUACCAGAUUCUUUUAUGUGUGAAGUUAUUGGUUGCACGGCUGUUCCUCAAAAUGAUUUUGUCAAUGUGUCAUCUUUUGAAGCGAAAGCUUUGUGGGGAUUCAAUGAAAUGGUGCAGUAUGCCUGUCAGAGCGGAUAUCUUCCGUCAAAAAACCCGAUUUGUACCGAGAAGGGGGAAUGGAGUGAUUUUUUCUGUAAACGGAUAUCUUUAUGUUAUCAAGUUUAUUCAUGUAACCAAACAGAUGAGGACUACUGGCUAUUUUACACCACGUCCCAAACCUUGAUAAAAAUCUACUGUAAAAAGGGAUCCGGUAGCUUCAUCAGUCUCAAUUAUCGCAAUAUGGCAACGUUUCCUGGAUAUACCAGAGCAGAAGGAAGCUGCGAAAAAACGACGCUUGAUACCUCAGCGGAGAGUGGGGUAAGAAUCACUGAAUAUCAAAAAAUAAGACUGGAUCUCGGCACGUUUAAAGUCUUCACCGACACCAGACGGUUUUCAAACAGUACAUUAACCAGCUUGAACUACGGGGUUGCCAGAGAUUGUUACGCCAGAGGUGAAGAUACAUGUGGAGCACUUGGAAAAUUUGUCGUGGAUACCAGAGGGACGGGGUUCCGCUUCACAGAUUCCCUGGCUUGGACGACUGUAGGACUUUCUCCAAUCAUUAUCAACAUCACCAAGACUAUGGAUGGUCACGUGAUAACCGGAUACUGUGGCGGCCAUUGUGGUGGGUGUGUUAUUAAUGAAACCGGAAGUGGUGCUGUUCUAGAAGUUGAUUUGAACGACAUGCGGCCAUUAGAAUCUGCAGUAAUACCAUUCUGUCAAUUUCUAAUUUAA